UCUAAUUUCAAUAAAGACACAAGCACCGUUACGGCUGCGUUGAGGGCGCAUCAGACGCGUCCAUAACACCGCUGACUGCUGAGGGCUUUUUCACAAGGGAGUCGUGUUCGCAGAAAACGGCUUAUAUUGACGUCAAAAGGAUGUGUGGAUGACUUUACCGCAUGUACAGGCAUGACAGAGGCGGUCCGAGCUGCCAGUUCUGACCAAACGAGCACCGAAGAUCCUCAGAGCAAAUUAACCUGAGCCGAAGAAGGGGGUUUGGAAUUAGUCGAGACUGUAAGAUUUGGUUUUAUUUUCAACUUUAAUGGACGCCCAGCUUCUCCAAACUCAUUGUAAAUUCAUGAUUUAGUUGUGAGGAGAGAGAGCGACGCUGUAUUCCGCUGCUGACAGAGAGACCACUUGUACCGCCGUCACAACUGUGCCAAGAGACAGGGAGUCUUUGAAAGCCACCGGAGCGGACCCGACCGGCAUAUCAAUCAGCGUCCCGGAGAGCGACUCGCUGGGUUCGUACCGGUGAUAAAAGCCAUUGUCCUAAAGGUGCGUGUGCGGGGAAGACAGAGGGGAAAUGGCACUUUUUCCGUUUGAAGAAGAGAGGACAGCAACAGUCAGUGGCAAGCGAAUGUAAAACCCCCCAGUUGCCUUCGUCUUGCUACGGGUGCGCACCGGCGGAGAGGCGCAGGACACCAGGCUCAUCGAUUCGCACUUUGUGAUUUUUGCGCUGCGUAUGAGAGCAGAGCGGAGAGACAGAGCGCUGAACGCUGGGAUUAAGGGGUGCUUCUCCUAAAAGAAACCCUCCAGUUUUUAAAACCAUGGACGCCAGGAUACUGUUUUUGCUUGUUUGUUCUGCGGCAUUUUUCGCCGGGCUGCACUGCGCCUCGCCAAGGACCACAGCGGGGAUGGAUCUCCCCACCGCCGGCUCCAGCAACAUCAGCAACAGCAACGGCAGCGGGGAAACCGGGGGCAAAAAAGACUCGAACCAGACCCUCAUCUCCAGAACCAAGAGGAAAACCCUGGCCGUGGAUUUCGCGGUCCCUUCUCUGUUGCGCUAUUAUCUGGCGGAGUUCAUAAAGAGACCCCUGAACGGCGAUUGCCAGACUUUUAGCGGAUGUUACACGGUGCGCGCAAACUUGAAAAUGCACUGCAUACCUUUGCAGAAAACCAUAUCUACUUUUGUGGACCCCAAGUCUGCUACAGAUUCAGCACUGAGGAACGCGUCCGCUGAUGGACAGUUCCCCUUCUUCUACAAGCGGCCGCUGUCCAAAGUUCUGAAAUUGGGCUUAACGAAGGCGAGCAGGAAAUCCAACCAAGUUGUGGUGGAAAUAGGAGAGGAUAUAGUCACUACAGGAUGCGGGGGGCUGUCUGUGUACGAGGAGGCCACGCCUGUGUACGAAGAGGCCCCGUUCAUGCUGGAAAUGGACCUCACAACCAUUGUGGAGUGGUGGCUCGGCGCGGAGGGGGGCCGGCUCAGGGUCCGGCUCAUGCCCGAGAAAAAGGCGCAGGUGCCCGGGAUAGAGGAUCGGUACACAGCGGCCAUACGAGCUGCAGACCCCCGCCUCUACCUCCAGAUAUCCUCCCGGGGUGAAGCACUGGACGGCAGGACUGCUACUGGCUAUCCAAGAGGGUACUGGAGCUUCUCCUGGGUAGCCGAGGAUGACCUGAGCUUUCCCAAUGACUCCAUGCCCAUGCCAGACCACCAGUGCCCUGGCAAUAGCAGAACAUGCGAGCUGCCCGUGGAGGGAAGCCCAGAGUUCACGUGGAGCAUAGUGGCUGCCGGGGAGGAAAGGAAUGAGAGAGCUGAGAAGAAAGCAGGAAGCCCCCAGGGUUGGGAGGAAGGUAAGAAUGAAGGUCAGUUCCUCUGGGUGAACAGUUCAGCCUUUGGGGGCCCCUGGGUGCUGAGUCCUUGGCUGUGGAGAGGCCAGGGCCCCUGCAGUCUGGGCAUGGCGGUGUUCUUCCAUCCCAGGCGAAGUGGGCAGUACACCAUUUGGCUCAUAGAGCGGGACAAGCCACCUCACGCUCUGUUCUCCACUGACACUCUGCCACGCAUCACAGGCUGGGCAGUGGUCCAUCUCCUGCUCACCUCUAGGAUCCACGGAGGAUCACCUUUUCGGAUCUCUGCCAGCUACGACCAGCGGGUCCCGCAGGAUGAUACGGCCACCAUCGAGCCCCACUUUACCACCAACUGCACCAUGGCGCCCUCCCCUGGCCCUAACAUCACACUGGAGGGCCAGUACCACUGUUUCCAAGGCCCUGGGAUCCCACUGGACAAACUGUGCGACUUCAGUACAGACUGUCCGCACGGUGAUGACGAAGGCGAACUCUGCCGCCGCUUUCUCAAUGGCAGCUACUGCUCGUUUGAAGAGGGAGAGUGCAGUUGGCAGUCAAUAACAAGCCGCGGUCUCUCCUGGAGAAGACUUCAGUCACCAGCCAAAGCGACCAGGCAGAGCUGCCCGUCAUCAGGUGCAACAUUCACAGUGGAGGGAGGCCAGUCUAAAGGCCAGCGUGGAUCAGCGGUACUGAGGAGCCCUCUAUUCGCUCCUCCUCUGAGAAACUCCCCCUGCACGGUGAGAUUCUGGCUGUGUUCUGGAGGCUUACAGAAGGGGUCACUGUCUCUGUGGAUCAUGGAGAACAGCACGGGACCCGAAGAGCGCCGCCAGCUGUGGCAUUCAGCCAGCGAACCGAAAUCUGAAAGAGGCUGGAAACUCAUCGUACUUCCCCUUUAUGGGUUGGCAGACUGGUUCUGGCUCCAGUUCAGCACAGAAGAUGGACCUGGACCCGGUUCAGCCAUCUCUCUGGACAACAUCUCUUUCAGUAUGGACUGCUUCUUGGCAUCUAAUGGGGAGUUUCCACCAGUGGUCACCACCACAACGAGGCUUCCAUUUAGACCCCCUAUUAAAACUUUACCUCCAACCAUUAGCCAUCCAGCGAGUCCUUCCUACACAGAUUACUUCAAUAGAUGGACUUUUCAUACCUGUGGGGCUUCAGGCCCUGAAGGCCCGACUCCCACUCAGUGCCUCAACUCCUACAGGAACAGCAACGUCAGCGUGACAGUCGGCACCCGAGGGCCCUUCAAAGGCAUUCAAAUGUGGCGGGUCCCCGAAACUGGCAGCUACAGGAUCACCGCCUAUGGUGCAGCUGGUGGGCGAAGUGUAAUGGCCAUGAGUGGGUCACAUGGUGUCUGCAUCACAGGAGAGUUCCUGCUGAAGAAGGAUGAGCUGCUUUACAUCCUGGUGGGACAACAAGGAGAGGACGCGUGUCCCAAUCCCAACGGCAUGCUGAAUAAGAUCUGCCAGGAGCAGAGCGGCCCGAUGGUGAACAAAACUCAAGUGAAGGGGGGUGGAGGAGGCGGCGGCGGGGCGACGUACGUGUUCAAGGUGGAUGGAGAAACGUACAUCCCUAUAAUCAUCGCUGCUGGGGGAGGAGGUCGGGGCUACAGCAGCCAAUCACCGAACCAGCUUGAGCAGAUGGACGAUAACCUCAGCCAACCGGGACGCAACGGGAAGUCGCAUGCAUCAGGUGGAGGUGGAGGGUGGAAUGACAGCACUCCUGUCAGUCAGGGUGGCCGGCCGCUGGUGCUGGGGGGCCAGGGAGGGCAGGCCUGUCAGAAGUUCUGGCAGACCCGGGGCGGCUUUGGAGGCGGCGGGGGCGGCUGUAUGUCCGGCGGCGGUGGCGGAGGCUACAGAGGCGGUAACACAUCCGUAAAUAACAACCCCGAAAACGACGGUGGCGAUGGCACAUCCUUCAUCAGUCAAGAGGGAGAGCUCUUCCACAUUCCUCUGAAAGUCAUCGAAGGGAACGGUGAGGUGAUCAUCAGCCCGGAGCAGAACUGCAGCCACUGUGAAAGCGGCGAAUGCUACCAGACCAAGGUCGCCAUCAUCUGCUUCUGCGAUCACGGCCUCCUCCUGGGACCGGACGGAGUGUCCUGCGUCAACACUACAACAGUGACCGUGCUGCCUCCACCGCAGUCUCUGUCCCACCUGGCGCUGGGUCUGUCUGUGGGCACCUCGGCCCUCAUCGCCGCCCUGCUGCUGGCCGUGUCAGGAGUCAUGAUAAUGUAUAGGCGGAAACACACAGAGCUGCAGUCUAUUCAGCUGGAGCUGCAGAGUCCCGACUGCAAGCUCAGUAAGCUGCGAGCCUCCACCAUCAUGACAGACUACAACCCCAACUACUGCUUCGCCGGCAAGACAGCCUCAGUCAACGACCUGAAGGAAGUGUCGCGACGAAACAUUUCUCUCACCAGCAGGGGUCUGGGUCACGGUGCUUUUGGUGAGGUCUAUGAAGGUCUGGCAGUGGGGAUACCUGGUGAACCAAGUCCACUGCAAGUGGCAGUCAAGACCCUUCCUGAGGUCUGUUCUGAACAAGAUGAACUGGACUUCCUCAUGGAGGCUCUAAUCAUCAGUAAGUUCAGCCACCAGAACAUUGUGCGUUGUAUAGGAGUCAGUCUGCAGGCCAUGCCCAGGUUCAUCCUGCUGGAGCUGAUGGCCGGAGGAGACCUCAAGACCUUCCUGAGGGAGACCAGACCCCGGCUGGAGCAGCCAUCCAGCCUGACCAUGGUGGACCUUCUGAACGUGGCCAGAGACAUAGCUAAAGGCUGCCAGUAUCUAGAGGAAAACCAGUUUAUACACAGGGACAUCGCAGCUCGGAAUUGCCUUCUGACUUGCAAAGGACCGGGUCGUGUGGCCAAGAUCGGGGAUUUUGGGAUGGCUCGAGACAUCUACAGGGCGAGCUACUACAGGAAGGGUGGGCGUGCCAUGCUGCCAGUAAAAUGGAUGCCACCUGAAGCCUUCAUGGAGGGCAUCUUUACAUCUAAAACAGACACGUGGUCAUUCGGGGUUCUGCUGUGGGAGAUCUUCUCGCUGGGCUACAUGCCAUAUCCGAGUCGCAGUAACCAAGAAGUGCUGGAGUUUGUAACCAACGGUGGAAGAAUGGACCCGCCUAAAAACUGUCCGGGUCCAGUGUACCGUAUAAUGACUCAGAGUUGGCAGCACCAGCCUGAAGACAGGCCUAACUUCUCAACCAUCCUGGAGAGAAUCGACUACUGCUUACAGGAUCCUGAUGUGGUGACCAUGCCCCUGCCUGUUGAGUACGGGCCUGUUCCUGAGGAGGAGGAACGUGCACCCUCGGGCCCUGACGACCCCUCAGCCCCUACUGUGCUGGUAAACGCCCAGGUGCCUGAUGGGGAGGCUCCUCAGCCGCCCCCGUCCUAUCCUACUGAGGAGAACCGGAGAGGAGGGGAGCACGCCGUCGUGACGAGCACAGCAUCGGAGGCCAAAGCACAGACAUCAGCUCAGCCCCAGCCAUACCUCCACCAGCACCAGCAGCCUCACACACAGACCUCCAUUGCCAUGACUACCACUAACACAGUCACCUCGGCUGCCCCCUCAACACUCACUGCCAAGGGACCUCAUGUCGCCACCCAGCCCACUCCAGAGGGGGGCCACAUCAAUCUGGCUUUUGCCCAGGGCCACCCACCAGAGAAGGAGGGCCACAACGGCAAAAGCACCAGUCUCUGGAAUCCCACAUACGGCUCAUGGUUCCUGCAGCAGCAGCAGAGGAAGCAGCAGCAGCAGCAGCAGCAGAGGCAGGCGGGGCUGGGGGGAGCAGGGGGCAGCAGUGGCAGGGUGCCUGGGGAGGGGCAGGAGCAUGUGGGUCGGACGGUGGCUGAGGUGGCCGGGGCGCUCGGCCUCCAGCACCAGCACAAGCAGUUCCAGCAUCAACUCCAGCAGCAGCACCAGCUCCAGCUGCUGCACCAUCAGCAGCAGCAGGGUCUCUGCAGACCGCUGUUACCCCCGCCACCCCCAGCUGCCCAGUCACCUCUGCUGUUAGAUUCAGCUGCCUUGCCCCCAGUUCCCCUCUACAGACUGAGACGUUUCCCUUGCGGCAACAUCGGCUACGGCUACCAGGAGCAAGGUCUGCCCAUGGAGGCCACCCACAGUAACGCCAACGUCCCUCCUGCACCCCCUCCAGCCCCGCAGGGCGCCUCCAUGCCCUCCUCAGCAGCCCACCAGAGGGGGGCCUCGAUUCCCACCUCAGUGUCGCUGGGUCGGCCAGGUAUGUCCGAGGAUAGCCGUCCACUGCUGGUUACUAUGGGGACAGUGCAGGACCCACGGCUGCCCAGGAUGGAGGGCCACAACGCCACCGUGCUUUAGCCCUGAUGCCUGCUGUACCUCUGCUCUCUGCUUUCAGGCCCUGUCUUUGGAGACUGUGUGUUCAGGACACACAGCAAGAAACACUGUGCCAGGACAGAGACCGUUUUUCACCAUCCCCACUGUCCCACCAUUUUAGUUUCUUCCCCUAGUUCAGACAGAACUCAUCUCUCUGAAACAGGCUUUUUACAGGAGAACCUUAGAGGUGUGUUAAAAUCCCCAACGGAUGCUAAAGCACAUCAGAGAACUAAAAAGCUUCAGGAGGCAAAAUGUAGAGCAAAGGCUAGUUUUAAGAGUUUAAAAAUGUAUUUUUUCAACGCUGGAGGGAUCAGGACUGAAUGAGAAAACUGAGAAAGAAGGAUCACCUGGAGAGUUUCUUGCACAGGAAGACUUUCCAUUGUGUUUGGGACCAGGAGUGAGCGCUCUGCCACGUUCAUCAAAAGCUAAGGAAGCUCCUUGUCUAUCAGAAUGGACCAUUACGAAGAUUAAAUCUCCAUAUUUUGCCAGACUUAAAACUUUGACUCACAAACUCUGGUGAGCAGUUUCCCUGUAGCAACAACAAAGUUGCCUACAGCUGCCAGCCACAUGUGUCAGAUCUACUGCAGAACCCUCACACUGUUCCUUAUCCUUUUGGGAAACAAACAGUGAGGUAAAUAACUUGUAUCAAACUAUUUUUCAAGAGUAUCGCAGAAUUAAACACUGGAUUACCAGAGACAUUUAUAUUAAAAAAAUACUGGGAAAAAUGUGUUUGUUGAUGUUUGCUUGCCUGCUUGUUUAUUUAUUCAUUUGUUUAUUUAUUAUUUGGACGUGGCUCUAUAAAUUAUUAAUGAACACGCUUCUUCAAGUCCAAACAAAUUCAUUUUACAUUAACUGCUUUUCACUUUAGUUUCUUUUAAGCUGCAGGAAUACAUUUUUGGUUACAUCUAACAAAAACAGGACCGUGAAUAAUGUUUUUUUUAAAAACUCAAAAUAUCCCAGAUGGUGUCUUUUAUUACUGAUAGUGAUAAUCAGUUGUGUCUUUUUAUGGUGGAAGAAGUGGACAGAAGACAGACACAGGUGGGGAGAUUAUUUUACAAAAGACAGAUUGAAGACAAACCGCCGCAACAACAUUGAGUUCAGCUUUUUGUUAUUGCUGAAGGUUUGAAGUGAGUCAUUGCCUCUGGUCCUGUUGAAAUCACUGCUCUUUGAACUCUCCGUGUGCACCGCUCCUUUCUGUUGAAUGAGUGCUUUGAGACAGUGAAGCUGAGGCUUUUCUUUACUUGUGGCUUUUCCAGUAACCUUUUUAUUAAUUCAUUCCUUCUUAAAAAAAAUGUUUCUUUCCCUUUUUUGUCUGGAUAUAGAAACAGUGGAUAUUGCUGAAUCAAUCUUAACCUUCAAAUUGCUAUCUUGAAGCACUCCACGUUCUUAAAUUUGCAUAUUUUAUCUUUUCUAUUAUAGGAUGGGUGUUGUGGAAUACAAAUGAGUCUGAGUGAAAAGUUUAAAUACAAACUGCUUUUGCUCCACAUUGUGAAUGAAACCCAGAACCAGUCUGACUCCACUCAUUUCCAAACACAUGGUGUUACCACUAGUCAGUGUUUAAAGUCUGCUUUUUCAGUUACAUAUAUCUGUCGAAUAAUGCCAUGAGCGUGUUGAUAUUUAGGUGAAUGAUGACAAUAUUUUUUGACGCUUUUGCUUGACAGUUUUUGGCAGUCCUAUCAGUCCACCUGCUGUAAAGAGAUGAUGAGCUGUCAUGUACGUGCCAUGAUGCUCGGUGAUUAAGACAAAUGCAUUCCUGUUGGCAAAGUCACUGAGCAAGCUAACUAUUGGCUAAUGAAAACUGUUUUUGCUUUGUCUCCAGUGCCUGUGUUCAACUGCAUUCAUUCUGUGUUUUCUUCACAGCUCAUGUCCGUCAUUUGAUGUAAAAAGACAAACCCAACCGCACCUGUAAAUGUUGUAAUUAUAAAGUAUUGUACUAUGGCUCUGGUAAAAGCUGUACAUUGCCCUUCAGAACAUUCGCCAAAAUUAAUAAAUUGCUAUAUAAUA